GCUGUGUUAGGAGAAGCGGGGCUGUAUGAAUAACAUUAAACUGGUGUGGUUUAGUCUGCGGCACUGAUUAAAUGGAAUCACAGAGGCAUAAGGAAUGGCUUUCUCUAAGUUAAAACUCUUGACAGCGGCAGCCGCGCUUAAAGGGACACUUGUCUUAUUCUAAGAAACGUUUCACUUCUUUAUUAUUACAUUUUUAUAGUUCUUGAAUAAUUCCCUUCCCCUGCCAGCCAAACAUUGCCACUCCAUGGAGCUACAGUCCAUUGCUAUUCUUACUUUUUACAACUCAUUCCUCUAUUUAGGCCAGGUCUGGCUAUUGGAACCACUGCAUGGUUGCUAAGAACGUCAAACAUGAGCCAUGAAGCUCACAAUGGCACUAAGCUUUUCAAGGUACAGUUUACUCCCGAUGAAGAAGUCUUAGAACACAUCACUGAUAAACAAGGGGUUACUCCACAGAGUAAUACUGCAGCUCAGAGAAUUGUCGCUGUAAAGAACAUAAUUAAAAAUGACGAUUUACACGUAGACGAGGCAACUCCAGAAUCUUGGAGGGAACAAAAUUACGUGGAUGUUUUAGGAGUGGAUACAGAAGAUACCUUGCAAAAUGGACCGGGCACAGGAGGAGGGGAUGUGUAUUCUUUCUACACAAUUAAACGCUCUAACAAAAUGGCACAGCUUGCUACUGAAAUGGCCAGAACUCCUGCAAAGACAGUGAGCUUCUCUGUAUCAGACAAUCCAGAAGAAGCAGUCAGCCCUCCUGCCAACAGUAAGAAACAGACUGCAAACAAAACUCCUUCUAAGGGAAGAAAAAAUGAAUUCAUAUCCACAACACCUCACAGGCUAAGAAAGCGGCUGUCAGCCCCCAGUCAGCCGUCUGAUAGUGAAAGUGAUUACUCCGCCUCCAACUCUGAUGAGGAGCUGGAAGAAAAAUCUUCUGCAGCUAAAACACCAAGCAAAGUGUCCCAGACUCCAGGCAAGACACCAUCAAAGAAAGGAAAGAAGAAUACUGCUAGCAACCUAGUAGAAGAAUAUUUUGAGGCACACAGCAGUUCAAAGGUUCUCACAUCAGACAGAACUUUGCAGAGGCUACAGACACCAAAAUUAGACCAGGAAACUCUUCGGAAGCUUCUUGAUCAGACUCCCUCAGCAUUUGCUGAUGAACUGCAUAGAAUAAGCAAGAAGCAUGAGGCUCUGUUCUACAAAUGGAUGCUGCAGCUGCACUUGGGGUUCAAUAUUAUCCUCUUUGGCCUUGGCUCCAAACAAAGCUUGAUUGAGAAGUUUCGCACAUCUCUGCUUCAGGAUUCUCUUCAUAUCGUUAUUAAUGGAUUUUUCCCUAGUAUUACAGCAAAAUCUAUUUUAAACUCCAUCACAGAGGAAGCAUUAGGUCAUCCUGGGGCAUUUCGCAGCCCCUUAGAUCAAAUGGACUUCAUUUUACAACGAUUUAAAGACGAUCCCUCACUAGAACUUUAUCUUCUUAUUCAUAACCUGGACAGUCAGAUGUUACGAGGGGAGAAAUGUCAGCAGGUCCUUGGUCAAUUGGCUUCUAUUCCUAACCUUCAUCUUCUUGCAUCAGUAGAUCACAUAAAUGCUCCUCUUAUGUGGGAUCAGUCGAAGCAAAGUUUGUAUAAUUGGCUGUGGUAUGAAACAACCACGUUCGGCUCCUAUAUAGAAGAGACAUCAUAUGAGAAUUCACUUCUUGUAAAGCGCUCCGGAGCAUUGGCCCUCAGUUCUCUCACACAUGUUCUCCGCAGCCUUACUCCUAAUGCCAGGGGCAUUUUCCGGCUAUUGGCAGAGUAUCAGAUGGCCAACAAGGACAAUCCUUCAUAUACAGGUCUGUCAUUUCAGGAUUUUUAUCAGCAAUGUCGAGAAGCCUUCCUUGUCAAUAGUGACUUGACACUAAGGGCUCAGCUUACAGAAUUCCGAGACCACAAACUCAUCAGGACAAAAAAAGGCAUGGAUGGAGUGGAGUAUUUACUUAUUCCUUUAGACUUGGGAACCUUGACAGAUUUCUUGGAGAUGGAAGACAAAGACACUUGAUGGUUAUCUGGUUGUCCUCUGCAAGUCCGUUAAAAGACCUUUUCAGUAAAUAUGAAUAUUUGUUUCCAAAAGGGGUCCAACAUGAAAAAUGAUUUUGGAUAACUGCCCUUUAUGAGCCACGUGUCAGAGAAUUAAAAAUAAAAUAUUCUGUUAGAGAGUUGCCUAUAUUGGAUGUACAUUUGACUAUGACACCAGCUAAAGAUUGUAUUUCUCAACUGUGUAAGAAAAGCCUUUUUUUUUUUACUAUUAGUAACUUAAUGAAGUCAAAUAAAUAAAUAUUUUCAGCUAUUAA